CCGGCCAACAACCACAAAACAAAAUUUUUUUUUCCUUUUCCACUUUUGAUUUUUUUUUUUUUUCCUUCUCUUCAUCCUCCCUACUCUUUCUUUACUAUUAUCAUGUACUCCAACGUUAUUGCUCGUUCCGCCAUCCGUUCUCGCUUGGCUACUCGUCAAAUCAUGCGUUCCGACUUGUAUCACUUUGAAAACAGCAACGGUCAAAACCUUCCUUUCAGCACCAAGAACCGUGCUGCUCUUGCCAUCAAGAUGACUCUUUAUCUCGGUUUGGGUUUCGGUGCUCCUUUCCUUGGUGCUUACUGGCAAUUCUACAAGGCUGCCAACUAAAGAAAGAAUAUAUGACAUUUAUUUCUGACCUGUAGGUAGUCUACCCUCUUCAUCUUGCUCUUUAGAUAUCAAUUCCCUCUUUGUCACAUCAUACACAUUUUUUUUUGUCAAUAAAAGAAACGCCUUUGUUUUUUUUUUGUUUUAAAAAUAAAA